GAGCAAGAAGUACCUGCGGCGCUGGCGCACAAAGGCUGCCAUAGCUCAUAUAGGUGUCUCUAUACUCAGUAGUGCAGUUACUACUAUUAUAGCGGCCAUACCACUCACCCAAACAAACAUUCAACCAUUUGCUAAGUUUGGUGAGAUAGUUGCAAUUAACACUAGUGUAUCCAUCUUAUAUACACUUACUGGAGCCACAGCAUUCCUUUGUUUAUUUGCUCCUGCAUAUUUCACAAAUAGUGUGAAGAGUUCAUCUAUAGCUUUCGCGAUUGUUGGAGGUGUACUGGGAGCUAUUACUUUGAUGUUAUUUAUUAUAUCUAAGUGUGGUGUAUCAAUACCUGGUCCCAAUGGACACAACCUAUUUAGUUGAAUUAAAUAUUUCUUUGAAAGCCCAUUUUAACACCAUGUGAAACAUCUCAACUUCAAGGGAGUUAUAUCACAAGUAUAUUUGCCAAUGACACAGCCUUUGACAUGUAUGCUUGCCAGUGACACAACCUUUGACAAGUAUACUUGCCAAAGACACAACCUUUGACAAGUAUACUUGCCAAAGACACAACCUUUGACAAGUAUACUUGCCAAAGACACAACCUUUGGAGUCUGAUAAUGAGAACAAAACCAAUGUUAUUAACAAAUUCGAGACCUACUGUGAAGCUUGAUCUGAUAAUUUCCUCAUUGAAGGUUUGUAACUAAGUAUGUUUACUGUACUUCUACUUAAUUUGGCUGCCAUUUUAAUUUGGUGAAAAACUGUUCAAGUCCCCCAAAUUAAGU